UUAUUUCAGGAGGACUCUCACAGGCUCCCUCAGCCUGUGUGAAGCUGAGGUUUCCUCUGGAACCCGUAUACCCCCUACACAUACCUCCACGCAGACACAUCCCCGAGAACCCCGCGCUCGCACCGACAAGCGCGCACACACACUCGCGCUCGCCUGCCCACCUCCCUCCCGGGAGAGCAGGCGCGCGUUCCCACCUUCGCGGCACACUCCGGCGAGCCGAGCUCGCAGCGCUCUAGGAUUCUGCGGCUCGGAACUCGGAUCGCAGCUCUGAACCCUCAUGGUGGUUUUGGAAACAUUGCCUCCUCUCUCUCGUUUUUAUUGCACCGUUUUUGAUCUGGGGGGCUAGAAGAGCAAGGCGGCUGCUUUCCCAGCCAGCCCUGGUUGGCUUGCCAUCCUCCAUCUGGCUUAUAAAAGUUUGCUGAGCGCAGUCCAGAGGGCUGCGCUGCUCGUCCCCUCGGCUGGCGGAAGGGGGUGACGGUGGGCAGCGGCGAGGAGCGCGCCGCUGGCUCUGGCGGGCUUUCGGCUUUAGGGGCAAGGUGAAGAGCGCACGGGCCGUGGGGUUUACCGAGCUGGAUUUGCAUGUUGCACCAUGCCUUCUUGGAUCGGGGCUGUGAUUCUUCCCCUCUCCGGGCUGCUGCUGUCUCUCCCGGCCGGGGCGGAUGUGAAGGCUCGGAGCUGCGGCGAGGUCCGCCAGGCGUACGGUGCCAAGGGAUUCAGCCUGGCGGACAUCCCCUACCAGGAGAUCGCAGGGGAGCACUUGAGAAUCUGUCCUCAAGAAUACACAUGCUGCACCACGGAAAUGGAAGACAAGCUCAGCCAGCAAAGCAAGCUGGAGUUUGAAAACCUCGUGGAGGAGACGAGUCACUUUGUGCGCACCACGUUUGUGUCCAGGCACAAGAAGUUUGACGAAUUUUUUCGAGAGCUCCUAGAAAAUGCAGAAAAGUCCCUCAAUGAUAUGUUUGUACGGACCUAUGGGAUGUUGUACAUGCAGAAUUCAGAGGUGUUCCAGGACCUCUUCACAGAGCUGAAAAGGUACUAUACCGGGGGUAACGUGAACCUGGAAGAGAUGCUCAACGACUUCUGGGCGCGCCUUCUGGAGCGGAUGUUUCAGCUGAUAAACCCGCAGUAUCACUUUAGCGAGGACUACCUGGAAUGUGUGAGCAAAUACACAGACCAGCUGAAGCCAUUUGGAGAUGUACCCCGGAAACUGAAAAUUCAGGUCACCCGCGCCUUCAUCGCUGCCCGGACGUUUGUCCAGGGGCUUACUGUGGGCCGAGAAGUUGCAAACCGAGUUUCCAAGGUCAGUCCGACUCCAGGCUGCAUCCGUGCCCUCAUGAAGAUGCUCUACUGCCCGUACUGCCGCGGGCUCCCCGCCGUGAGGCCCUGCAACAACUACUGCCUCAACGUCAUGAAGGGCUGCCUGGCCAAUCAAGCCGACCUGGACACGGAGUGGAACCUGUUCAUAGAUGCGAUGCUCCUGGUGGCGGAGCGGCUGGAAGGACCAUUCAACAUCGAGUCCGUCAUGGACCCUAUCGAUGUCAAGAUCUCUGAAGCCAUUAUGAACAUGCAAGAAAACAGCAUGCAGGUGUCUGCAAAGGUUUUUCAGGGAUGUGGCCAACCCAAACCUGCUCCAGCCCUCAGAUCUGCCCGUUCCGCUCCUGAAAAUUUUAAUACACGGUUCAGGCCUUACAAUCCUGAGGAAAGACCGACAACCGCCGCAGGCACGAGCCUGGACCGGCUGGUCACAGACAUAAAAGAGAAACUGAAGCUCUCUAAAAAGGUCUGGUCGGCGCUGCCCUAUACCAUCUGCAAGGACGAAAGCGUGACGGCGGGCACGUCCAACGACGAGGAGUGCUGGAACGGGCACAGCAAAGCCAGAUACUUGCCUGAGAUCAUGAACGACGGCCUGACCAACCAGAUCAACAAUCCGGAGGUGGACGUGGACAUCACCCGGCCCGACACGUUCAUCAGGCAGCAGAUCAUGGCUCUCCGAGUGAUGACCAACAAACUAAAGAAUGCAUACAAUGGCAAUGACGUCAACUUCCAGGACACAAGCGAUGAAUCCAGCGGUUCCGGGAGUGGCAGUGGGUGCAUGGAUGACGUGUGUCCCACGGAGUUUGAGUUCGUCACCACGGAGGCCCCCGCCGUGGAUCCCGACCGGAGAGAAGUGGACUCUUCGGCGGCCCAGCUCGGCCCCUCGCUGCUCUCCGCGUCCCUCGCCUGCAUCGCCCUGGCCUUGCAGAGACUGCGCAGAUAAUCCUGGGUUUGGGGUCUGAUGAGACUGCAUUUUCGCUCUUUGAACAGCUGACUCACUUCCUUUCUUACACUCUCGGACAAUGGACCACGCCACAAAAACUUACCGUUUCCGUGAGAAGAGCAGUACUGCACUCUGCCUCGCUUUUUGUUUUCCCAAAGAGAACCGGGUGCCAGACUGGACUGCGUCCUCUCCCUUCACUCUCUGUGCGGACCUUGUUUCUUCUAGAGAAUUCUUACUCAAAUCUUUCGUACCAGGAGAUUUUCUUACCUUCAUUUGCUUUUAUGCUGCAGAAGUAAAGGAAUCUCACGUUGUGAGUUUCUUUCUCCCCGUUUCUAACAACUUUUAAGAAAAGGAAGAAGAAAAUAAUUUUCUUUGUAAAAUCAGGCCAAACCCCAAGACAACUGCGUUUUCAGCAAAGAAGCAAACAAGAGAGAAAAAUAAAAGAGCUUUAACGCUGUAGGUUCAGCAUUGCCAGGCAACUCCCAGUGUAUGCUUUUCUGUAACUAAUCAGGUUUAAAAAAAAAAAAAUUGCGAUGGUGAGAAAGUUUAAGAAUGUUUGUAGUGUAGUGAAAAUACGCUGUUGUCUUGGAGGUGUCGUCUUGCACUCUAACCACACAACGCCAAACUGAUGUAGAGGUACUGACACUAAAUUUAGAAUUCUAUCUUUAACGUGACACAAAAUAGUGCUACAACUCAGCACCUCUCUCUCACCCCGCCCAAAUGCAAUUGCAGUGAGGGUCCCAUUCCCCUUAAUUCUCUUCACGUCUGUCCACUGGAUCCAACCGGCGCAGAUUUUCCCCCUUCUCCUUCGGUUACUAGUGGACACCGCCAUCAAUUCCUCCUCCUCAAGGGUCUGAAUUGAAAAUAAUCAUCAACAAUGCAAUCACUUUGCUUUAGCCGCAGGUUGGACAUCAAUUCGGUCUCUGCCCCUGUGCUCAUCACCCUCCCAAAGGAAGAGUUCUUUUAAUGACCUGACAAGCAAUGAGAUCGAGUUUUUAUGUUUAGCUAUUUGCUUUGUGUCAUUUGGUUUCUGCAUUACAAGGGCAUUCUCUUAGAAAAUAACUCACAACAAA